AUGCAGGAGUACUCUAAAACGUCGGUAACUGUAACAGUCCGAGAAUCCACUUCAUCGAUUGUUGAGGCAUGCAAGCGGAACACCAUUGAUGAAAGCAGUAUUGUGGCUGGUUGUGGAAUGCACGAAAGUGUCCAUGCUCUGCCCAUCCCAGCUGCGAGAAUGUUCCACAAAAACGAGGACGGCGAGGUUGAUCUGUCGAGCGAUGAGUAUGGAGCGCACACUUUCCAGAAAAAGACAACCACUGAUACUAUAAAGGACAAGGAUGGGCAGGUGGAUAUGUCCAGUGACGAAUAUGGAGCGCACACGUUUCUCAAAAAACGGCAAGCACACCACCAAAGUGUUCGUCAACGUCGUCGUUAG